ACGAGAGAAAGAGAGUGAGAGACAAAGAGAGAAAAGAGAGAGAGAGAGAGAGAAAAUGGAAUUUCUCUAUUUCACAUGUCCUCACUUUCUUCAUUACAGAUUAAUAAACCUAUUGAUGGAGAUGGACCAACUCCUUUAAUCUUUGCCUUUGAAGAGGGCGCCGAUAGAAGAAUCAUCGACAUUUUGAUAAAAGCUGGUGCGGAGUUAGGAGCGAAAGACAGAUGGGGUGAUACAGCUUUGCAUUUGGCUGUUCUCAGGCGUCGACUGCAAGCUGUGGAGCUAUUACUCUCUCGGGGCAGCAAUGUCAACGAGAAGACCAUGCUCGGCAAUACUCCUCUCCAUUUGGCUGCAAGGUCAUCUCCGGAAUGGACAGAUGGUGUGAAAGCUAUAAUGAACCGGAGCGCUGUUGAGGUUAAUCCUCGAGAUAAAUAUGGUCAAACACCGCUGCACUUGGCCUGUUUGAGGGGACACUUGCACACUGUCGAUCUUUUGUUGGGUCACAAUGGCAUCGAUGCCAAUGUUGUGAACAACGAUGGAGACACACCACUGCAUAAGGCAGUUCGGGGGCAAAGCUAUGAAUUGGUGUCUCUAUUGCUGAAGCAGGUUAGUUAAUAAAUACAUAUUAUAUACACUCUCCAGUAUCUUAUUGAUCUGUAUAAUAUAAAUAUUAUCAAGGUACCAGUAAAAUAAUGGGGAUAGAUUUAAUCACAUGUACUACACAACACUUGUGUUUGUGGAGGAAUUGUAUAUUGAUCAUGUUGAUGUUGGUAUUAGCGGUGUUGACAGUCCAACUGACCACCAU